UCAGUGCCGCGGAUCCGCGCUCUCGAGAAGUUCCACAUUUCUGGGAGCGCUGUUUCUCCCCCAGCGGACACGUUGCCUGGAGCCCUACACCAGGCGUGAAGGCCCGUGGGCUUGUGCCCUGCAGUUACCGGUCACGUGUUUUGUCCCCUCCUGUUUUCUCUCCCCAACGAUCCGUUCACUGCUGAAUCCUACGGUCAGAAAUCGGGUCCCAAGUGGGGUCUCAGUUCUUUCAAGUGAUGGGGAGCCACGGAAAUGGUUUCAGAACCAAGUCCUGCGCAUUAGGCAGCAUGUCAGCUGACACUCCAAUCACAUUGAAUAUCGAUCCUCGGGAUCUACAGAUCCAAACGUUCACUGUAGAGAAGCUACUGGAGCCUCUUAUAAUCCAGGUUACUACACUUGUAAAUUGUCCCGAGAAUCCUUCCAACAGAAAAAAAGGACGAUCAAAAAGAGCCAGAGUUCUUCUAGAUUCCGUGGCGGAAGCAACUUGGAAUUUAUUAGACAAGGGAGAGAAGAUCACCCAGGAAGCCACCGUGUUAAAGGAAGAGCUGACCGCUGCACUUGAGGAGGUUCGCAGAGAAAGUGAAGCUCUGAAAGGAUCAGCUGAGAGAUUUGCUGAUGACCCCUGUUACCUCCCUAAAAGGGAAGCUGUUGUUCAAGCUGCCCGCGCCUUGUUGGCUGCGGUUACCAGACUCCUUAUCCUUGCAGACAUGAUUGAUGUUAUGUGUCUCUUGCAGCACGUGUCAGCUUUUCAAAGGACAUUUGAGUCUCUUAAAAACGUUUCCAAUAAAUCUGACCUCCAGAAAACCUACCAGAAGCUUGGGAAGGAGCUGGAAAAUCUGGAUUACUUAGCCUUCAAACGUCAGCAGGACUUAAAAUCUCCAAAUCAGAGGGAUGAAAUUGCAGGGGCCCGGGCCUUGUUGAAGGAGAACUCCCCACUCUUGCAUUCAAUUUGUUCAGCUUGUUUGGAACAUUCUGAUGUUGCCUCCCUGAAAGCCAGCAAGGACACAGUUUGUAAAGAAAUUCACAAUGCCCUGAAUGUAAUUUCAAAUGCUUCACAAGGCAUCCAGAAUAUGCUGACCCCACCAGAACCUCAGGCAGCAACCCUGGGAAGUGCCCUUGAUGAGCUUGAGAAUUUAAUUGUCAUGGAUCCACUAACAGUGACUGAGGAGGAACUAAGACCAUCACUAGAGAAACGUCUUGAAGCCAUUAUCAGUGGGGCUGCUCUGUUGGCCGACUCUUCAUGCACGAGGGAUUUCCAUCGGGAGCGGAUAAUCGCAGAAUGCAGUGCCAUUCGCCAAGCUCUCCAGGAUCUUCUUUCAGAGUACAUGAGUGAUACUGGAAAAAAGGAAAGGAGUAAUACCCUGAAUAUUGCAAUAGAGAACAUGUGCAAGAAGACAAGAGACCUUCGCAGACAGCUCCGUAAGGCUAUUAUAGAUCAUGUGUCAGACUCUUUUUUGGAUACGACAGUCCCACUUUUGGUUCUCAUUGAAGCUGCCAAGAAUGGUCGGGAAAAAGAAAUAAAAGAAUAUGCUGCGAUAUUUCGUGAACACACCAGCAGGCUUGUAGAGGUGGCAAAUCUUGCUUGUUCUAUGUCAACAAAUGAAGAUGGGAUUAAAAUUGUCAAAAUCGCAGCCAGUCACCUGGAAACCUUGUGUCCACAGAUUAUUAAUGCCGCACUUGCUUUGGCUGCAAGACCCAAAAGUCAAGUGGUCAAAAAAACCAUGGAAAUGUACAAGCGCACAUGGGAGAAUCAUAUACAUGUCCUUACUGAAGCUGUAGAUGACAUUACAAGCAUUGAUGACUUCCUUGCUGUAUCUGAAAGCCAUAUCCUAGAAGAUGUCAACAAAUGUAUCAUAGCCUUGAGAGACCAAGAUGCUGAUAAUUUAGACCGUGCUGCAGGCGCUAUCAGAGGACGGGCAGCAAGAGUUGCUCACAUUGUCGCAGGCGAAAUGGACGGUUACGAACCAGGGUCUUACACUGAAGGCGUGAUGAGAAAUGUUAACUUCCUUACAAGUACUGUCUGUACUCAGCCUUCAACAAUUCAUGAAAAUAACAGCUUAAAUGUUCCUACAAGUUUAUGGCUCCUGCAGCUUCUGGUCCAGACCCCAGAGGAACUGGAGGAUGUUUCUGACCUGGAAGAGGAUCAUGAAGUCCGCAGUCACACCAGCAUUCAGACGGAAGGGAAAACUGACCGGUACUUGAGAAUCUGGGAAAGUUGGGUUUUCCUGGCCACUGGCAGCUUGCAAGUGCAGACCAGACAACCGAACGUGGGUCUGAAAGCCAGUCUGGGCAAAGGACCACUAAAGCAUACAACCGAUGUGAUCUAUGCAGCUAAAAUGAUAUCGGAAUCUGGAUCAAGGAUGGAUGUUCUUGCUCGGCAGAUUGCCAACCAAUGUCCAGAUCCAUCAUGCAAACAGGAUUUGUUGGCAUACCUGGAACAGAUUAAAUUCUACUCUCACCAGCUGAAAAUCUGCAGUCAGGUUAAAGCUGAGAUCCAGAACCUGGGGGGAGAACUCAUCAUGUCAGCUGUGAGUACUGCCCAGCACUCACACCAUCACAUGUAA